GACAACACUUGACAAUGGAACGCGGAAGCGCAUUAAAAUACUAAAAGUUGUGCCCGGUUUUAAAUUUAAUUUUUAAUAAUUCACCGUCGACAUGGCCGAUAGCACUGCGAAAGUCGCAAAACUUGUUCAACUGAAAUUAGAGGACUACUUCAAUCGACAGAGAGUUGAGAGGGAAUUUGAUCCAUCCGGCAAGGGUAUACACACAACAACUCCAACAGUGGUGCAAUUAGAACUGAGUUAUCUUCAAGCAGCGGAACAGCAGUGGAAAGCAAACAAGAAGAAGAAGAAUGCCAAACAGAAGUCAGUUGAUGACGAGCAAGCAGGUGAGGGCACAGAGGAUCAGAUGGGGCCAGGAGCCUCACCCAGUGACAGCAAGGAAAUGACGCCUGAGGUGUCGCCAGGGGUGACCCGGAACAGCCGGAUCAAGUCGAGGGUCAAAGGCUCUGAGAUUGAUCGCAUCACAAAGAAUGCUCAGACAACACUGAAUCAAAUUUCAGUGGACAAGAUUCACAGUGUGCAUCGCUACCGCCCACAUCUCAUUCUAAGUGAACGCCUUGACAUAAGCAAAGUAGCCCAUGUUUCCCACCACGUGGAUGCCAUAUUGAACACACAGCAUGCCUGGGAUUGUGCUGAAGAAAAUGAUGAUCGUGAAGCAGCAAGAAAAUUUGUUGAAGAGAAAAAUGAACAACCUAUUAGAAAGGAGAGUGUUCGUAGAAAGGAGCCAGAUGUUACAGAGGAUUCUGGAGGCAAGAGAAAACACACACCACUAUGGCUCAGAUUAGAGAUGGAACGAGUGCGUAAAGAAGCAGAAUUAGAGAGGGAAGCAUCACACAAGGCAAAGACCGGGGAGGAGACUGAAGACGACCAUACAUUGGAUGUAUGUCUCAAGACAGCACAAGAAGAUGGGGAUGCAGGGAUGAGGAGGGAAGAGGUGUCGCCAUGGAAACCAAGGACAGGAGAGGAGAGUGAAGACCAAAGUUUGUUGGCUGUCAGUCAAGAGAUGGAGGAAUCGUCAUGGAAAUUGAAGGCAAGAGCAGAGACUGAAGACCAAAAUUUGUUGGCUGACCAUCAAGGAAUGGCUGGAGAAGAGACCUGGAAGGAAAGGAAGGUCGGGGAUAGCAUUGCUAAGGGGAAGGAUGUAAGGAAGGAUGAUGAUGAAAUGGAUAAGAGCAAAUCCAAAGACAAAAGUGUACAGAAAGGAGCAGACAGAGAUGAAAGAAUGAGUGAUAGUGAAAAAAGUGAAACUCUUAAAAAGGAGUUUGUAGGAGAGAAAAAAGGUGAUGAAAAUACAUGUAUUGAAAAUGAAAAUGAUGCUGUUAGGAAAAAGAGAGAAAAGAGCAAAAGGGAAUUUAAAGUUCCAAAUGAUUCUUCUCCAUGUGAGAAGUCCUAUGUGAGUGAACAGAGCAAGUGUGUCGGUCACAAAAGCCAGCAAGGAAAUGGACAGAAAGGCCCAAGUGAAACAAAAGUGAUGCAAAAGAGGGGCAGUCGUAAGACAAAGAGCGGCGGUCUUCCUGGAGGAAAAGAGAGCGAGAAAUAUGGCGGAGACAGGGCCACCAACAAGAAGGAGUGUGCCGGUGAAGAUGAGAGAGGGGAGGGGCUUACACGGCAACGGGCGCAGGGGUUCACUGGCAAAGGGGAGGAUUUCAGGGUAGAGGAGUAUGUUAGAUCUGAGAGUGUGGUGUCCCUGACUAGAGUUGUCCAUGAGGAAGAACAGGGAUAGAAAUGCGUGCCGUUAGAGAUAAUGAGAGCUCAACGCUGUGUAAGUUAUUUAUUCAUGGAGUGGGUUUAGACUGUACAUUGCUGUCAAUAUCGUUGGUGGACACAUCACUGCCAAUACUUGCUUGAACGUUGCCAUACUUCUAGAAAUGUGAGAUCAGAUUAUUUUUGAAAAUUACAAUGAAAAAAAAGAGCCAGGAAUGAAAUUCCGAAAUGUUUGAAUUGUGAAAAGAGAACUAAGUUCAUUGUGUAAGAUUGAUUGCUUGUUUUAGAAAUAUGAUUUCUUGUAUCUUUCAACAUCCCCCCCCUGCAUAAAAAGCUAAGCAGUAUUCAUCGUAUUUUGUGUACACAUAUCACCAUUUGGCCCAACCGAACCCCCAGUUGCAUUCCCCGUACACCAUACAGCAUGUACAUGUAUUCAACGGAUGUGGCAUCAGUCCUUUUGUAUUUUAUUGAAGUGGAAGUUUAUCACACUGAAAUUUACAACAUUGAAACAGCUCCUAUCUGCCAUUUUCUAUUCUUCAGUUUUCUUAGCCUUUAUUUCAGAAGUAAGUCUACGGGACAUUAUGCAGCUUGUACAUAUGCUGUGUAUUGGAUUAAGGGGUUUACUUUAUUUACAAAGGAAAUUCGCUCAGAUGUCAUCCAGUUUUUAAGUACAUUUCUUGGGUGCAUUUGAUGGCUCUCAGGAGGUUGUGUUUUGAGGUUUUUGAGGUCGUCAUAUGAUGUGUCAUAGAUGUCAAAUUAAUGGCCAGUUGCGCAUGGUCAAAUGCUUUGCUCAUUGACGGUUGAAACUGUGCAGUGUCAUAAUUUUUUUUUUCAGAAUCACAGGGCUUUGGUAGAUAUGUUUUUAACAAGAGAGGUUUGUAACCAUUAUGUUGAGGCCGCAUCCCCAUCAGAGAAAUGUUUAGUACUUGGUUUCAGAGAAAAAUGACUUGUUCCUGCAUGGCUGACUGAAGCUGUGUAAGACUGACAAAUCAGUCAAGUUGCGUUACGUUUGAUUGAUUUAAUGAUAGAGAUCUGCUUUUCUGAUCAACCAGUAUUUGUGCCUAUCAUAAGCAUCAAUCCUUUGAAGGCAUGAUACAGUCCUCCAGAUGUAUUAAAACCACAGAUCACACCCAAUGUACAUAUGCUGUUUUCAGAGUGGUUUGUUUUGCAUGUCAGGGUGUGUACAAAGGCGAUUCUUCUGGUCAAGUGUUCCAGAGCUCUAUUUUUUUAUGCGAAUGUGUCAGGUAACUGGAACAAACAGGUAUUAUUUCUCCUAAAUUUCUAUUCAGCUAUGUGACUUUUUAUGUUUUUGUACCUUGAAAAGGUAACUCCUAACAUGUUGAAACAAAGCCUUUGUCAGAUUCACUUCAAAGUGUGUGACAAUCACCGGUAAAUCAUGAAUGAUUGAGUAUUUUUGUACUUUAUUUUUUAAUCAUUCAAAAAAUUUGCCAUGAUAAAUUAUCCAGAAUAUGCUUCUAUUAUCCAGAUAUAACACGUAUUUUUGUACAAGAUUCUGCCAUUCUGUAUUGUACUUGUAAUAACCUUGUGAUUGAGUAAUAAAACACCUCAAAGGGAACAGUCAUGAUUGAAA